UCAAUGGAGCCCCAAGCGAUAUAUGGAUGAGGAGGGUGGGCGAUGGAUGUGUCCGUUGCUGGUGCCGCCCCGGCUGCUCGGCCCCGAGCCGCCCCUCUCCGGGGCUGUCAAUCAGGGCGGGGGGUGAUCAGGAGCCCGGCUGACGGGGAGAGACGGAGCCUACUACGCCACAACCCACCUUCUCUACCAAGCCACCGCCGCCAUUCGUAUAGGGAUAGAGCCAGGCCCCCCAUCCCUCCUCCUCCAGCAUCCAGCCUCCCCUCAGCCACUGCGACCGGCCUUUUUAUCCACCCCCGUCCCAUCCCCUAGCCUCUUCCCUUCCUCCUGAUUAUCCCUGCCACGAAUAAGUACUAUCAUUAAUUCACCAUGAGCGAUCAGUCAGAGGAAGCUAUGGCCAGUGAAGGAGGAAAAACAAAUGAAUCUGAAACUAAAAAAAAAGGCAAAUCUUCAGGUUCUCAGGAUUCUCAGCCCUCUCCUCUGGCCUUGCUAGCUGCAACCUGCAGUAAAAUAGGGACAACUGGUGAAAACCAAGGCACUGGACAGCAGCAGAUCAUUAUAGAUCCAAGCCAAGGUUUGGUUCAGCUACAAAACCAGCCUCAGCAACUGGAAUUUGUGACAACUCAACUGGCUGGCAGUGCCUGGCAGAUUGUUGCUGCAGCUCCUCCUGUUUCUAAAGAAAACAACAUAGCUCAACAAGGCAUUUCCAUUGCUGCUAGCACAGCAGCCUCUUCCAACAGUAAUAAUGAAAACUCAUCACCAACAAAAAGCAAAUCUAGCAGUUCUGCUGCUACUCCAGGACAGUUUCAAGUUAUCCAAGUCCAGACUCCAGGCGGUAAUGUACAAUAUCAGGUAAUUCCUCAGAUUCAGACAGUUGAAGGACAGCACAUUCAGAUCAGCCCUGGAAAUGCUACUACUUUGCAAGAUUUGCAAGGUCAAAUACAGUUUAUUCCUGCUGGGAACAAUCAAGCUAUCAUUACUGCUGGGAGCAGAGGAGCAUCUGGGAAUAUAAUAGCACAAAAUUUAGCAAAUCAGACAGUUCCUGUGCAGAUUCGGCCUGGUGUUUCUAUACCACUGCAGCUGCAGACAAUCCCUGGUGCUGGUGCUCAAGUAGUGACAACCUUGCCCAUAAACAUUGGAGGAGUGACACUUGCUCUGCCUGUGAUAAACAGUGUGUCUGCUGGAGGUGGUUCAUCACAAAUUGUUCAGCCCACUGAUGGCGGGGUUUCCAAUGGAAAUCAGAUUGUGUCCACACCCAUUACAACUUCCUCUGUUAGUACACUGCCAGAAUCUCCCUCCUCCUCCUCCUCCUCCUCUUCAACCUGCACAACCACUGUGUCUACAUCUCUGACUAGUAGUGAUACCCUUGUCAGUUCUGCAGAAACAGGCCAAUAUACUAGUCCAUCAGCAAGUGCUGAACGUAACACAGAAGAAUCUCCCACAUCUGUUACAGAUUCUGAAACCCAGAACAGUAAUCAGCUUCAGUCAAAUGGUCUUCAAAAUGUUAAUGAUCAGGCAAAUUCUUUGCAGCAAGUGCAAAUAGUAGGUCAGCCUGUUUUACAACAAAUACAGAUUCAACAGCCUCAGCAGCAGAUUAUACAAGCCAUACCCCAGCAGUCUUUUCAGCUUCAGUCAGGGCAAACCAUACAGACCCUUCAACAGCAGCAGUUGCAAAAUGUUCAGCUUCAGGCCAUAAGUCCAACUCAAGUUCUUAUUAGAGCCCCAACAAUAACACCUUCUGGGCAAAUAAGCUGGCAAACUGUGCAGGUUCAAAAUAUUCAAAGUCUUCAGAAUUUACAAGUGCAAAAUCCUGGACUGCCACAACAGUUAACUUUAACUCCAGUAUCUACUAGCAGUGGUACAACAAUAGCCCAGCUAGCGCCAGUUACCGUUGCUGGUACACCCAUUACUCUUAAUGCUGCCCACUUUACAUCUGUGCCUAAUCUGCAGACUGUAAGCGUUGCAAACCUUAGUGCAGCAGGACUCCAGGUUCAAGGCGUUCCAGUAACUAUUACAAGUGUUGGAGGUCAGCAGCAAGGAUCAGAAGGAACAAAGGUACAACAAGCUACUAUCGCUCCUGUAACUGUAGCAGUUGGGGGUAUUACUAAUGCAACAAUUGGUGCUGUCAGUCCAGACCAAAUAACGCAAGUGCAACUUCAGCAGUCCCAGCCAUCGUCCGAUCAGGAAGUUCAGACCGGCAAGAGAUUAAGAAGAAUUGCAUGUUCUUGUCCUAACUGCAGAGAAGGUGAAGGCAGAGGUAGCAGUGAACCUGGUAAGAAAAAACAACACAUCUGUCACAUUGAGGGUUGUGGGAAAGUAUAUGGCAAAACCUCUCACUUACGAGCUCACCUUCGAUGGCACACUGGAGAAAGACCUUUUGUGUGCAACUGGAUAUUUUGUGGCAAAAGGUUUACAAGGAGUGAUGAGUUACAGAGGCACAGAAGAACUCACACAGGUGAGAAAAGAUUUGAGUGCCCAGAAUGCUCAAAGAGGUUUAUGAGAAGUGACCAUCUUUCAAAACAUGUAAAAACCCAUCAGAACAAAAAAGGUGGUGGAACAGCACUGGCAAUUGUUACAUCAGGAGAUCUGGACUCAUCUGUUACCGGAGUCCUUGGCUCCCCGCGAAUUGUCACAGUUGCAGCUAUUUCGCAGGAUUCAAACCCUGCUACCCCAACUGUCUCAACCAACAUUGACGAGUUUUGAAAUGUUUUCCAUCUGGGACUUUAUCUUCUGCACUUAAAUGUAUGUAAUUUACAGAAUUGUGAUAUGGUCUGUAAAGUGGAUUGCUUGGGCGAUACAGUGUUUAGUUGUUUUUUUGUUUUUUUUGUUCGUUUUUUUUCUAUUAGGGAAAAAGGGUUGUCAUGGAAAGAAUUGAGCUGUGAACAAUGUCUGUUUUCAGCUAUUUGGCAAUACAUCUCAAAAGAAAUAUUUUAUAUGUAUCAUAUUAUAUAUACUUUUUUGAAAUAGUCAUUAGAUUAUACAUCUAGUUUUAAAUAUAUUCCUCAUUCCUCUUUUUCCACACGUAAAGCCUUUUCAUAAAGGAUUAAUCGUAUAACAAAAUACAAAAACUUACCUUUUCAUAGUAAAAUCAUGGUUUAAUUUCAGAAAGUGCAUCAAAUUGUCCAGUCCAUUUGACAAAUAAAUUAUUUUUAUUAAAUUUAAUAUUUGGAAUAUAUAAGAAAGUUAUUUAUAUAGAUAAACUAUGUUGAUGAUGUUAUGCAGGGUGCAUUAUCAUUUCUCGCCACCUGGCACAUUGUAUUUCCAAUUAGCUACUUCAGUAAUGAUGGGGUUUAUAAUUAUGUGUGUAAAUAUAUAUAUAUAUAUAUAAAUAUAUAGAAAUAUGGAUUAUUCAUAGCAUUCUUUUUGAAUGAACCUUUGUGCAAAUUUAUACAUUGUAAAGCCCAGUACGUUUAAACUGCUGCAGUUAUCUUAUACCACAUUCCACGAUUUUUAAGUUAUUUUAGUACAUUUCCCUUUAUAAGGCUAGCAUUAUUAUUAUAACUGCAUUUACAAUGAAGUGUUAUGUUAUUGUUUCAGAAACUUAAAGGGUCGAUCACAAUCCUUUUAGAAAAACAUAUCUAAUGGUUGUCUACAGAAAAAAACACCAUUAAAGUCUAUGGAAAUGUUUGUAGAUAAAUAAUUUUAUACAUUUUACUAAAGCUUUGUGAUCAACCCGUAAGUUUGAUUAGACGGUACUCCCUAAAUUAUCAAAUUGUUAAUGUCACUAAUAAAGACAUCUAGACAGUAAACACCUUCUUCCACGCUCCAAAGUUUUGGUACAAAUAUGUACAUUUUUUGAAAAGCACAAAAGGUUGUAUUUAGUUGUUUGUUUUUUUGUUUUCCAUAAGUCGUGACGCAAAGUAUUUGUCAUGGAUAUUAAUAAGUCAUUAUAUAUUUCUAAAUUUCAUGCAGCGUUUAAAUAUACAUUUUCAGCUACUUAUUUAACUGUGCUGAAAGGCUUUAUGUUAAAGGGACACUUAAAUACCUUCAUUUUAACGAUUCUAAUGAACUUGAGUAGAAAAUGAAGAACCUUAAUUAAGAUGUUUAAAAAAGACCUUUCAUAAUGGAGGGCUGAUUUGUGUAUUCUAUGGUAAAUGAACGAAUAAAAAAAAAAAAGCAACACCUGAAAACAAGUUAGUAUAAGCUCAGUUUGUAAACACCAUUUAACAAAUCUAUAGUUUCUGUUUCCUUCUUAAAAUGGGAAGAGUCCACAGCUGCAUUGCUUACUUGUGGGAAAUACUGAACCUGGCACCAGGAGGAGGCAAAGCCAAAGGCUUAAAUACCUCUCCCACUUCCUUAUAACCCCAGUCAUUCUUUCCCUUUGUCACAAGAGGUUGGCAGAGAAGUGUUAGAAGAUUUUGGAGUAGUCUCUUAUGGAGGGUAGUACUCUUCGAGAUGUGACUGGAGUUUUAAGUAGUCCUGUCAGCCUCUCAGUGAGAGCAUGGAUGAAAGUUAGAGUCCAGAGAUGCAGGGAGAGUCUUUCUGCUAAACCAUCCCGACUCAUAUUACCAGCUCCAUAAGCAAUCAGCGUUGACGAGUUUUGCUGACUGUUGUCUUCACUCAAGUCCAUGUCAAAAGCAAUGCUACUAUCUUUCAAACUUGAAGGACCGUGUUACUGUUCCACGGCAUAGAUUCUGGUAAGAUUGUUUCAUUUUUCUAUACAUGUAUAACGCAAGAAGACAGGGUCACAGUGUGACUCCUUUUAUCUGCAUAGAAUCAAGGGUUAAUAUCGCCUGAGGGGGAUUAUUGAACAGUGGGGAAUAAUCUUAUAUGUUUAUUUGAUUUUAUGCUGCCUUUAUAUGUGAGAUGUUAUGUGCUUACAAGCUUGGCACACGUUUUUCUCAUAGCAGGGGUGGUCCUGCAUUGUGCAUCAUGUGAUUCAUUCCCUCUUUCCUGACUGGGUUCAUAAAUCUCUGUACUGUCUGGGUCAUAGGAGAUGGUGAGUGGCCCAGCCAUUGGGGUAUAAAGGUGCCGUUUUUUUUAAUAAAAUAAGAUUGUUUUAUUUCUUUAGUUCUCCGGUUAUUGCACUAGCGAUGGAGGAUUCUGUUACUUUAGAGGGGACUCCCUCUAUUCCUAAAGAGUAAUUCCUGUUUAUAUUGUGAGUAGGCCUUAUAUCCACCCUCUCAAUUAUGUUCCAUAUGCCUUGAUACUGUGAUAUCAAACAUGUUUGAUACCACUGAGCCGUCCACCUUUGAGGAGUUGUCAUCCAGUGAAGUGCGUACCCUACAUUCUUAUCCCUCUACACAUGCAGUUUCCCGUAGCAUUGCUGAUCCUCCAUCUGAAGGGGGCCUUUUGUUCACCAAACGUUACUGCGCAGUUCAGACGGCGGUGUCUGCGGCCUUUAGAGUACAUCAAAUAAUUUAUUGGAUUUAACUGAUAGGGUUAUCCGAGGAAGAAGUUCUUUCUGAGACUUCAGAGUAUGAACAUUCUGGGUUCGAGUCUGCUGCCAGACUUUAGUUUUAGGAAUUUCCGCUUUCUUCUAAAGAAAGUUUUUGGCAAAUUCAGAGGUUCCAGGGGCCAAAUUUGCCUGACGAACCGUUGAUUCCUAAAUUGGAUAGAAUUUGAGAACAGGGUGGCACCUUAUCCUUCCCUGCUCCUGUUAGAUUUUCGAACAUUAUUAAGAAUGAAUGGAACAGGAUUGGAUUCCUUUUACCCCUCUUCUCCCUUUAAGAAAUUGUUCCCGGUCCUGGGCUCUUAAUGGAGUUGUGAGGUUCCAUCCCUAAAGGGGAUGGCGAUAUCUUCACCCUUGCUAAUCGUACUACUAUCCCACUUGAGAAUAGCUCUUCGUUUAAAGAGCCCAUGGAUAAAAGAUAGAGACUCUGUUAAGAAAGAUGUUUCAACAUGCGGGAUAUUUGUUUCAACCAGCGGCAGCUAUUGCCACGGUUGCUGGAGAAACUACCUUCUGGUGUGGCUCCUUAUAGGAUUUGAUCGGGGUGGAGGGUCCCCUCAACGUUACUCAGGAAAGAUUUACGGCCUUCAGGGUUGCUUAUUUUUUUAUCUGUGAUGCUAUUAGGCAGAAUGCUAAGGCUUCAGCUUUUUCUGUUCAGGCCCGUCGGGCUCUGGCUGAAGUCAUGGUCUGCGGUUAUGACUUCUAAGUCUAGACUUCUUUCCCUCCCCUUUAAGGGAAUAAUUUUGUUUGGUCCAGGCCUGGGCUCAAUUAUCUCCACGGUCACAGGGGGCAAGGGUGCCCUCCUACCGCAAGAGAAUAUGAACUAGUCUAAGGAAAAAAUUUCGUUCUGAUAAAGCCCAUGUCAGCAGUCCUCCGCUAUGCCAGAGCAAAGCUGGCUCAGUCCUGGAAUAAACCCAAGCGGAGCAAGAAGCCCGCCGAGUCUUAGUCGGCAUUAAUAGGCGGUCCCCGGUCCUCUUCUGGAUCAUGUAGGGGGCAGACUGUUGCUCUUUUCAGUCAUUUGGUUCAGGUACAUGCAGGAUCCAUGGGUCCUGGAGGUCAUAGCUCUGGGUUACAAGAUAGGUUUCAAGUCUCAGCCACCCAAGGGCAGAUUCCUUCUUUUUCUCUCCUGUCUUCCUGACCAGAAAGGAGGGAAGCCUUUCUGGGGUGCAUACGGGAUCUGUCCUCUUAGGAGUUUUUGUCCCGGUGCCUAUCGCUGUGAGAGGUUUGGGAUACUAUUCAAACCUUUUCGUGGUCCCCAAGAAGGAGGGAACUUUCCGUCCGAUUCUGGACCUAAAGUGCUUAAACAAGUUUUUAAAUGUCCCCUCGUUCAUGAUGGUACUAUAAUAGACUCCAUAGACAUGAGAAUAUUUCUAACAGACCACAGACGUUGCAAGCUAGCUUCAACAUGUCUUGCCACCCAGAUCUCCUUAGGCCAUCUGUUGCUCUGUGUAUGGAGGUGAUGGGUCUCGGGGUGUACAACAUGGACAUCAUUUUCUUUGCCAGGUUUCACCUUAGAUUGUUGCAAUUGAGCAUGCUGAAGCAGUGGAACGGCGAUCAUUCGGAUCUGUCUCAACAGAUUUCUCUGGACAACCAAUCAAGAGAAUCACUCUCUUGGUGGUGUUGUCCGGAUCACUUGUCCUGAGGGACGUCCGUCUUAAAGGGACAGUCAACACCAGAAUUUUUGUUGUUUAAAAAAAAAAAAGAUAAUCCCUUUAUUACCCAUUUCCCAGUUUUGCAUAACCAACACUGUUAUAGAAAUACAUGUUUUACCUCUGUGAUUACCUUGUAUCUAUGCUUCUGCAAACUGCCCCCUUAUUUCAGUUCUUUUACAGACUUGCAUUUUAGCCAAUCAGUGCUCACUCCAGGGUAACUUCACGUGCAUGAGCUCAAUGUUAUCUAUAUGAAACACAUUAACUAAUGCCCUCUAGUGGUCAAAAUACAUUCAGAUUAGAGGCAGUCUUCAGGGUCUAAGAAAUUAGCAUAUGAACCUCCUAAGUUUAGCUUUCAACUAAGAAUACCAAGAGAAGAAAGCAAAAUUGGUGAUAAACGUAAAUUGUAAAGUUGUUUAAAAUUACAUUCCCUAUUUAAAUCAUGAAAGUUUUUUUGGGACUUGACUGUCCCUUUAAGUCCAUCCUGGGUGAUUGUGACUACAGUUGCAAGUCUGUCAGGAUGGGGAGCUAUUUGGGGUGCCAGGAAAGCACAGGGCCUAUGGACUCAGGAGGAAAGCUCCCUCCCGAUCUCAUUUUGGAUCUUCAGGCAAUAUACAAUGCUCUGAAGGCUUGGCCUCUGCUGGGUUUGUCCCAGUUUAUCUGAUUCCAAUCAGAAAAUAUAAUCUCAGUGUCUUACAUCAAACAUCAGCGGGGAACGAGAAGCUCCCUAGCUAUGAGGGAAGUAUCUCGGAUUCUGGAGUGGGCAGAGACCCACAUUUGUUUGCUGUCAGCGAUCCACAUUCCGGGUGUGGACAACUGGGAAGCGGAUUUCCUCAGCAGACAAUACUUUCAUCCAGGGGUAUGGUCUCUCCAUCCCGAGUGUUUGCGUAGAUUUGCAAGCGGAAGAUCUUAAGACGUCUCAAUACCAAGCUACCCAGAUAGGGGUCGAGGUACAGGGAUCCUCUGGAUGAGCAAACAGAUGCAUUAGCGGUGCCUUGGAGGUUCAAUCCAAUUUAUCUUUUCCGGACGUUUCCACUACUUCCUAGUGUAGUGGCUCGAAUCAAGCAGGCGUCAGUGAUAUUGAUUGCUUCGUCUUGGCCGUGAAGGAUAUGGUUCGCAGAUCUAGUGGGGAUGUCAUCAUCUCCUCCGUGGAGGUUACCUUGUCGCAGGGAUCUGCUGACCUAGGUCUUUUUGUAAAUCAGUGUCUAGAUUCUCUGAGACUGACUGCAUGGAGAUUGAACGCUUAGUCCUAGCCGAGAGGGUUUUCUGAGAGAGUUAUUUUUACUCUCAUUCAAGCUUGUAAGCUGGUUGCUCGUUGCAUCUAUCAUAAGGUGUGGAGGACCUACUUAUUCUGUUCUCCAGGAUAAACUGGAGAAGGGCUUUUCUGUAAGUGCCCCUGAAGGGAGAGAUUUUGGCCCUGUCUGGGUUACUGCACAAGAGGUUUGCUGAGCUUCCAGAUGUGCAGUCAUUUGUUAAGGCUCUGCAAGGAUUAGACCUGUGUUUAGAUCUAAUGCUCCUCCUUGGAGUUUAACUCUUGUUCUUAAAGUUUUGCAACAAGCUCUAUUGGAGCCUAUGCAUGAAUCAGACAUUAAAUUGUUGUCUUGGAAGGUUCCUUCUCUACUGGCUAUUGCUUCUGUGAGCAGAGUGUCUGUGAUUGCUGCCUUGCAAUGCACCCCUCCUUAUCUGGCAUUCCAUGCUGAUAAAGCAUUUAGGUUUUCUUCCUAAGGCUGUGUCAAUUCGCAACAUCAUUCAAGAGAUUGUGGUUCCUUUCUUAUGUCCUAAUCCUUCUUCGUCAAAGGAACGUUUACAACAUAAUUCUGGAUGUGGUUUGUGCCUUGAAGUUCUAGCUACAGGCCACAAAGGAAUUUAGACAAACUUCUUUCUUUGUUCUCUUUUCCAGGAAGCGUAGGGGUCAGAGGGCCUCUUCAACUUCCUUAUCUUUUUGGCUGAGGAGUAUCUUUCGUUUAGCAUAGAGAAGCGGGACAUAAGCCUCCUCUGAGGAAUACGGCUCAUUCUACGCGAGCAGUGGUUUCCUCUUGGGCCUUCACAAAUGAGACACCUAUGGUGCUCCUUACAUACUUUUUACAAAUUUUACAAGUUUGAUGUUUUUGCUUCUGCUGAAGCAGCCUUCAGGAGAAAGGUUUUGCAGGCUGUGGUGCCCUCAUAUUAGAGUCUGCCUCUCUUUUUUCCCCUCCCGUUAGCAUUCUGUGUACUCUAGAGCUUGGGUAUAUGUUUCCCACAAGUGAGGAAUGCAGCUGUGGACUCUUCCCAUAUUAAGAAGGAAAACAUAAAUUAUGCUUACCAGAUCAUUUCCUUUCCUUCUGUAUGGGAAGAGUCCACAGCUCCCGCCCGUGUUCUCCGAUGGGCGGCUCUAAAUUUAAAUUUAUUCUUCUGGCACCUUUUCACCUUGAUAUUUCUCCUACUAUUCCUUGUUCCCUCGGCAGAAUGACUGGGGUUAUGAGGAGUGGGGGAGGUAUUUAAGCCUUUGGCUGGGGUGUCUUUGUUUCCUCCUGGUGGCCAGUUUCAGUAUUUCCCACAAAUAAGGAAUGCAGCUGUGGACUCUUCCCAUACAGAAAGGAAAGGAAAUUAUUUGGUAAGAAUAAUUUAUGGGGUUUUUUCUUUAUUUUUUUGUUAUUUUUACAUUUUCAUUAUUCAUUGUAGAGUAUUGUACCUAAGGCACUUUAGUAUCCCUAUGAUAUUUAAUAUUAGAGGUCAGUUUACAAAUCACAUUAGCCCUUUUUAUAUCCAGGUGUAUCCAGAUUUUUACUGCCAAUAAAUGAUGGCAUGUAUUUUCAUAUUGAAGUGGUUAGCUGUGUGUGUUCGUGUAUGUAUGAAUACUAUCUAAAUAUAUAUAUAUAUAUAUAUAUAUAUAUAUAUACAGGGAGUGCAGAAUUAUUAGGCAAGUUGUAUUUUUGAGGAUUAAUUUUAUUAUUGAACAACAACCAUGUUCUCAAUGAACCCAAAAAACUCAUUAAUAUCAAAGCUGAAUAGUUUUGGAAGAAGUUUUUAGUUUGUUUUUAGUUAUAGCUAUUUUAGGGGGAUAUCUGUGUGUGCAGGUGACUAUUACUGUGCAUAAUUAUUAGGCAACUUAACAAAAAACAAAUAUAUACCCAUUUCAAUUAUUUAUUUUUACUAGUGAAACCAAUAUAACAUCUCAACAUUCACAAAUAUACAUUUCUGACAUUCAAAAACAAAACAAAAACAAAUCAGUGACCAAUAUAGCCACCU